GCAGCUUCUUUCCACGUUCCCCGUCCAACGAACGAUUCAAUCCCCCUCCUUCCCUUGCUCUGCCACUAACCAUGGUCCAGAAACAAACCCACUCCAGCUCCAUGGAAUCCGACGGCGCCAUGCGGCGGAGGCCCGGCGGCGGAGACGACGAUUCCGCUGCCAACGAUGCGCUCGCCAUCCAGGAAAUCCGGCGGCAGUUGCGGCGGAAGAGCCUGGACCGCCUCCGCGCCAAGAUCGCCGAGAUCCUGCGGCAUAUCAACACCCCACUCGCCGACAUCAUCCGCGACCACGCCCUCCCCUACCUCCCCGCCGCCUCCGUCCUCCGCUUCCGCUCCGUCUCCGCCUCCUGGUCCCAAGUCAUCUCCUCCCCCAUCUUCGCCCUCACCCAGUCCCGCUGCCACCGAUCCAUAUCCGGCAUCUUCUCCUCCGCCGCCUCCCGCCCCUCCUUCGCCCCCUUCGACCCGAUCGCCCACGCCCUCCCCGACCCUUCCCUCUCCUUCCUCCCUCACCCCACGAUCAUCGUCCGAUCCUCAUCCAACGGCCUCCUCUGCUGCUUCGCCCCUUCCCACCGCCCCUCUUACUUCGUCUGUAACCCGGCCACUACCGCCUGGGCCGAGAUCCCGCCCCCGCCCAUCCACCCCGGCUCCGACCCCGCCCUCGCCCUCAUCUUCGAGCCCUCCGCCUGUAAUCUCGACUCGCACUACGCCAUCGUCAUCGCCUUCCGCAUCGCCCGCGUGGAGGGGGUCUACGGAUUCCAGACCUUCUCGUCGGUCACCGGCGCUUGGUGGGUCUCCGCCGAGGUGCGUGCGGUGGAGGGUGUCAUCGCCGGCUCCGGCGUGUCGGUCGGCGGGACAGCCUACUGGCGGACGACGAUGCAGACGGUGGUGGGGUACAAUCCGGCGAUGGAUGCCGUCCUGGUGGAGCCGUGGCCGGUGGGGUACGAGCCCGAGGCCCGGUGGGAGCUGGGGGAGAUGGCCGGCCGCCUCUGCUGCGCCGCCGUGACACCCGCCGCCGCGGCUGUUUACGCGCUCGGGCCGUCCGAUGGAUGGAACCUGCUGGCGUCCUUCGACGUGGUGAAAACGAAUGGCGAGGAGGAGGAGGAAGAGGAGUGGAAGGAGGGCCGUCCGAUCGUCUUCAAGGAGCCGCCGCAACCGUUGAGAUUCCAGAGCGGGAAUCUGGAGGCAUUGUUCUGGAUGGAGGGGAGAGUGGUGGGGGUGGACCUAGCGAGCCGGCGAGUUCGGGUGGUCCGGUUCGGUGGGCCCGAGCCGGUUUUCGACGUGGACUACGUGUCGCACAUCAACACCCUUGCUCCGGUGGUCCCGCUGGUCGCAUCGACGUCCGCUGCCGCCGGCCCCGCGGAUCGGCGAGAGGGGUCGAGUUUGGAGUUCCGUGACAAAGAAGGGGCAGCCUGAUGGCACCUAGUCUAAGUUUUUUUUUUUUUGGUAUAUAUUUAUAUAAGUCUAGUUUCUUCUGGUAUAUUACUUAAAUAUGGAUAGCUAGUAAAUAUACCAUAUGCAUUUGGGUUUGGCACUAGUAAUUAUAGCCAGGUGCUUCAAUUAAUUGGUGCCAUUCUUCAUGGUUGUUGGCUGUAUGUAUUUAGGGGCUUGAAAGAAAAUUAAAUAUUUUGCAUAAUUUGUUGUGUGCCAUCUUAAAAAUGAUGAAACCGUCAAUGACUUGGCACUUGCAAUGCAUCGGCGAGGUCUAAUAUUUAAAGAUUAUUUUAUUGUUUGCAUAUUUUGAUGAAUUGUAGUCUUGUUUGGUA